UUUAUUUUUUUUUCUUUCUCAUUUCUCAACGGGGUCAUUAUCAUUUACAUAUUCAUUUUUGUGAACCACAUGGUGUCAUGUCUGGAGAAUUUGUUAUAUACCUAUAUUGUUUUUUUUUUAUUUUGUCAAGCAUCAUCUGGCAUCAUCCAGCAAGCAGCUGAUGAGUGUCGUCACAAGUGUCAAAAAGUGUAAACAAUAAUUUAAAAAAUUUAACAGAAAAAGUAAAAACAAACAACAAUAAAAAAUUUAUUUGAUGGUAGUUCUAAUUAUUUAUAAAUAAAUUAAUUUAACAUUUACAUGUAGUGACCAGGAUGAAGAGCCAACUACAAUUAAAUAAAAUAUACUUUUUAAUAAUUUUUUUAUUAAAUUUUAUUGGACAUCUUGAUGGUUUUAAUUGGAAUGAUAUUAAUUUACCAAAAAAUCAUGUUAAAUAUUAUUUCAACACGUUUCCAAAUGUUGAGAAAUUAUGUCGUAAUGAUCCAACAUGUCCAUAUAAGAAUGAAAUGAAAAAAAAAUCAUGCUGGGGAUAUGAAAGUAAUUGUACAUCUGAAAAUUCAUUUUCUAUACCUCAUUGUCCUGGUGAUCACAAAGGUUGGGUUACAUCUAAAAAAGCACAACUUGAUACAUUUUAUAAACAGGGUGAUUUUGGAUAUAUAAAAGAUCAAAAAAAAGAAAUGUCAAUAAUUUGUGAACCAUUAUUUAUUGAUGAUUCAUCACUUGAAUGCUCUGAACAUUUGAGAUUUUGUCGUGGCAGAAAUAUCAUGAUUAAUUUAACAAAUUUAAUCAACAGACAUGAACAAAUACGAUACAACAUGGAUGUAUUGAAAGAAGGUGAAAUUAGUGGAUUUUGCAAAUUAAAUGAAAAAAAAUUGCAAGAAAAUUGUGAUCAUAUUAGUGCCUUACAAUCAUGGGGUCCAGAAUUACGAAAUUUUCGUAAAUCAAAACGUCGACCAAUUCGUGAUGGUGAUUGUGAUGUAAUCAUCAGCAAGCCAACUUUUAUUAUGAAAAUUGAUGCAACAGUUAAUUUGUAUCAUCAUUUUUGUGAUUUUUUUAAUCUUUAUGCAUCACUUCAUGUUAAUCAAUCACAUCCAAGUGCCUUUAGUUUGGAUAAUCACAUAAUGAUUUGGGAAACUUAUAGUUAUCGAUCAGCAUUUCAAGAUACUUUUAAAGCAUUUACAAAAAAUCCAUUGUGGGAUUUAAAAACAUUUACUGGAAAAACAGUUUGUUUUAAAAAUAUUGUUUUUCCACUUUUACCAAGAAUGAUAUUUGGUCUCUAUUACAACACUCCACUGAUUUAUGGCUGUGAAAAAAGUGGAUUAUUUAAAGCAUUCAGUGAACAUAUACUUGAUCGUCUUGACAUUCCAUUGAGACAAAGAAAAAAUAAAAAAAUUCGUGUUACAUUGUUGAGCAGAGAUACUAGAUACAGAAAAAUUUUAAAUGAAGAUGAAUUAGUUGAAGCUUUAAAAAAAAAUUCAGAGUAUCAAGUUAAAAGAGUUGUUUUUAAUAGAGACGUGACAUUUAAAAAACAGCUAGAAAUAACAAGAAAUUCUGAUGUAUUUAUUGGUAUUCAUGGAGCUGGUUUAACACAUGCCAUAUUUUUACCAGAUUGGGCUUCACUUUUUGAAUUAUAUAAUUGUGAGGAUGCUGGAUGCUACAAAGAUCUCACUAGACUUCGUGGUGUUAAAUAUUUUACUUGGGAAAAUAGCACAAAGAUUUAUCAACAAGAUCCAGGAACACAUCCAGAUGGUGGUGCACAUGCUAAAUUUACAAAUUACAGUUUUGAUGUCAAUGAAUUUUUAAGAAUUGUAUCACUUGCUGCAAAUCAUGUUAAAGAACAAAUGUCAUUUAAAAAAUUCAUUGAUCCAAAUUAUGACAAUGAACCUCCAAAACAAGAGCUGUAAUAAAUAAUAAUUUUAAAAAUUUCGAAAAAAUAAUGCUCAAAUAAAUUUCAAUUAUAUUAUA